ACCCAAGUCUUUAUAAAUAAACAAGUGCUUAAUUUCAUUGGAAUACGCCUGAGAUAGAGAUGGCUCUAAUAGGAACAUUAAUUGGCAAGAUAGAGAUUAGUUCAGGUGGGAAGGUGUUGCAUGAUCUCUUGAGACACUCAGCAAACGACAUAUCAUCCAUCUGCCCUAGUAAGGUUCAUGCAUGCAAUCUGCUCAGUGGUCGUAGGGGUGAUGUUGGAUCCACCAUUGUCUGGCACUUUACCCAUGAAGAUGGAAAAGAGCAAACUGCAACAGAGAUAAUUGAAGAAAUCGAUGAGACAAACCACAAAAUCGUAUUUAAAGUAAUUGAAGGAGAGAUCGUAGAGAAGAUAUACAAAGCAUUCAAGAUAACAUUUCAUUGUGAACAAAAAGAUGGUAAACAAUGGGGCAUUUGGACCAUGGAGUUUGAGAGGCCGGAUACAAGUGUACCUUAUCCAACUUCUUUCAUGGACUAUCUCUGGGGUAUCCUAAAAGACAUGGAUGACCACGCCAGUAGUAAAUAGAUUUCGAAGCAGAUCUCGAAGCUCUAUUACGACAAUGAACGAAUGUGUAUAUGCGUAUGCAUGCAUGUGUUAAUACAAUAAAGCUAUAAGCGCAUAAAAAUGACAUAAAUCUUUGGAUUGUCAUAGGUAUGUAAUAUAUGUGUGUUAUUUCGUUUUCCUAGUUCUUGUAAUAUGAAUCUAUGAACGUUUGAAACUAAAUGUCUGUAUAAUAUUAAAAAAAAUUAUCUAUAUGAAUAUGUAUGCAUAUAUGUAUAUUAGAAUCAA